AUGGAACCAGAAAUGGUGCUGAACGCGUGUUUUGUGGGUUUUAAUGGAGGGAUUCAGCAGCUGGCCGGCGAGGACACUGAGGUCAUCUUACCUGCUGUUUUUGGAUCGAUCUGUGCUGUCGGAAUAGUAGGAAAUGUUUUGGUCCUUGUCGUACUGAUACACAAUAUCACGGUUAAGAAAAGUGCUUCUGGGAUUAUCUUUAUGCUGGCUAAUCUCAGUGGAACAGACUUGUUGAUUCUUGCAGUGUGCAGCUCAACCAGGGCGGUCACUUAUCACAGCCGGACAUGGACACUAGGACAUUUUGCUUGUCGGACAGCAGAAUGGUUCCAGCACGGGUGUUUGGCAGCAAAAUCUUUCACACUAGCAGUCAUGAGCCAAGCGCAAGAUCAUUUUGACUGUGAUUCUCAUCUCAAGCUAAAGAGUCUUCUCCUUUCUGCUGGCUCUGUAUGGGUUCUUGCGUUGGCACUACCCGUCACCGAGAUCAUUUUUUCGAAGUUGCAGGUGAAGGGAAACUUCAGUCUGUGCAUCACCGAGUUACCAAGUCACUCCUCUGACUUCAUGCGCAUAUACAGUAAAAUCUAUGCUCUGGUGCUUUACGCCUUCCCAAUCAUCUUUUCCGCUGUGUGCCAUUUGCGUGCCAUCUUGCGAAUCACACGUGGUCAUGGGGCGCGUGCGGCACACAGGACUAAAUGUCGCCUGGCACUGCUGAGCAUCACUGCAGCGAAUGCGCUUCUGCUCCUGCCUGAAUGGACAGUGUGGCUAUGGCUGCACCACUGUCCCCGCAAACCCCCAGCUGCGCUGCUUGUCCUCGCACAAGUGUGCACAUACCUAACCAGUGCAUCAUCUCCCGCCAUCCUCCUCACCAUGCUGGUGCCUCUCAGAGAAAACCUGGCCUGGCUGAUGUGCCGGGGAGCAUCAUGGGAAGGGAAAAUAGAGCGGAGAGCAAACAGGGAAGCUGGCACAGUGACACACACUGACACGCCUGGGACACCUCUGCCUGAUGUUGAGCUCUUUUGGAGCAGCCGGAGGAGCAAGACCGUUCCAGACAACACCAACCCAUUUCCAUGGGAAGGACUGGAGCAAUGCCAUGCCGAUCUCUGA